ACCCCGCCCAGCAGGGAAUGUCAUGACCAGACGACCACUAUGCUCAUGCCGCUGCGCAAGCAGGUUCGUCCACUCUCUAAGCCGCAGGAACGCAAGCGCUUCAUGGAACACCCAACUGCGGCUGCUGGCGAAGCAAGGCCACUUCCAGCAAGCCCUCGACCUCUACCGCCGGAUGCUCCGAUCAGGCGACUGUCCCAACGCCUUCACCUUCCCUUUCGUCCUCAAGUCCUGCGCCGCCCUCUCGCUGCCGGCGGCCGCCGCCCAGCUCCACUCGCAUGUUGCCAAGACAGGCUGCGGGUCCGAGCCAUUUGUCCAGACCGCACUGAUUUCUGUGUACUGCAAAUGUGGGUUAAUUGGCCAUGGGCGCAAGGUGUUCGACGAAAGCCCUCAAUCAAGAAUGCUGACUGUGUGUUACAAUGCUUUGAUUUCUGGGUACACUUACAAUUCUCAGCUUUUGCCUGCGGUUACUCUGUUUUGCCGAAUGAGGGAGUUAGGGGUGCCGGUUAAUGCCGUCACAAUGUUGGGUUUGGUUCCGGGCUGUACUGUGCCAUUGCGUCUGGGCUUUGGGAUGUCUGUUCAUGGCUUCUGCGUGAGGUGUGGGUUGAUUAUUGACUUCUCUGUUGGGAAUACUUUGCUGACAAUGUACGUCCGAUGCGGGUCGAUUGAACUUGCCAGGAAUUUGUUUGAUGGCAUGCCUGACAAAGGGUUGAUUACAUGGAAUGCUAUGAUUUCUGGGUACGCACAGAAUGGUCAUGCCACCCAUGUUUUGGAGCUUUAUCAAGAGAUGGAAGAGCUAGGGAUUUGCCCCGACCCGGUGACACUUGUUGGGGUUUUGUCAUCUUGUGCUAAUUUGGGUGCCCGAAAGGUUGGUCGGAAGGUUGAGCAGCUGAUAGAAUCUAGUGGGUUCGGGGUUAAUCCUUUCUUGAAAAAUGCCUUGAUUAACAUGCACGCUAGGUGUGGUAAUUUGGCCAGAGCUCAUGCUAUUUUUGAUGACAUGCCGGAGAAAAAGUUGAUAUCGUGGACAGCAAUCAUAGGUGGGUAUGGAAUGCAUGGACAUGGAGAAACUGCAGUGCAGCUCUUUGAUGAGAUGAUUAAGACAGGUAUUCAACCUGAUGGAGCGAUAUUUGUAAGCAUUUUAUCUGCUUGCAGCCAUGCAGGAUUGACUGAUAAGGGCUUGGACUAUUUUGCUAUGAUGGAGAGGAAUUAUGGGUUGCAGCCAGGUCCAGAGCAUUACUCUUGUGUGGUGGAUCUUUUGGGUCGGGCAGGUCGGCUUGCAGAAGCUCAGAGGCUCAUUGAAGCAAUGCCAAUGGAGCCUGAUAGUGUUGUAUGGGGGAGCCUUUUGGGUGCUUGUAAGAUCCACAGGAAUGUUAAGAUUGCCGAGAUAGCUUUCGACUAUGUUAUCAAACUUGAGCCUACAAACACUGGAUACUAUGUUUUGAUGUCAAACUUGUACAAAGAGACAGCGAACCUGGAUGGAGUAUUAGCGGUUCACAUUAUGAUGAGAGACCGGAAGCUUAGGAAGGAUCCCGGGUGUAGUUAUGUUGAACACGAAGAUGAGACUCACCUCUUUACAGUUGGAGAUAGAAGUCACCCUCAAACAGGGGAGAUUUACAGAAUGUUGGAUAGGUUGGAAGUUUUGGUAAAGGAAAAAAAUUAUCAAGAGCGAAGAAAUGGAGAGCUUGCAAGUGGAAUGGAGGUGCACAGUGAAAAACUGGCCAUUGCAUUUGGGCUUCUAAACACUAACCCAGGAAUGGAGAUUCUUGUGAUAAAGAACCUGAGGAUAUGUGGAGAUUGCCACUGGUUUAUAAAGUCGGUUAGCAAGAUUGCAGAUCGGCCAUUUGUUGUUAGAGAUGCAACUCGUUUUCAUCAUUUCAAAGAUGGAGUCUGUUCUUGCAAUGACUACUGGUGAUGCCCGAGGCUUUGAAUUUGACAGUCAGGAUUCCCUAUAGAAACUGAAUCUUAGAGUGGUCACUCAUCAUAUGGUCCUUAAGUUUAAGGAUGAGAGAGCUAUAACGCCGUCUCAAAUGACUCCCAAUAGAGGUUUUUCCGAAUAUCCUAACAGAGGUAGUAUGUUAUGUUCCUGAUUACUGAGAACUUACCCUUUUAACCUAGUAAAAAGAUACUAAAUUUUGAAGAGAGGGGGAAACUCGAGCACCUUUUUAACUUUGAAUUCUGGGAACCUGGGAUUGCCACAACUAGAUGAAGUUGGAUGCGGGAAAGAUAAUUGGUCAGCAUCCAUUCCUUAAGGGAAGAAGCUGUAUAAAGGUAGUGGGCGGGGGAUUUUUUAUGGCUUUAGGUGAUAAAACCUAUGGGACAGCUGAUUGAAGUUGCUUCUUGUACACACCUCUCAAUGUAAAGAGUUUAUUUUGCAAGAAACUAUGUGACAAGCUUUUUAGGAAAGAAUCCACUGUUGUACCUCAUUAUACUUGCAUCACUUCCAAACAGAAGCCAAGAUGAAUGUUAAUCAACAAUG